AUGGACAGACGGUAUCUCUUUGAAAACAGUCUCCGCCAUGUCAAGCCCUAUUACCACGAGUACAAGACGCCAUACAAGCAAAGAUGGCACCACCGCUCGAUCCAGGAGAUUCUCACGCGCGAGUUGGGCCAAAACCAAAAUGUGGUGGAACAUGCGAUAGACCAGGGCCAUAUUUAUGUUUCUGCAAACAACGGGAAGGCUGGCGGCCCCGUCUUGAUGCGGUUUUCCGAGGCCCGGCAAAGGCUUCUCGAGCCGCACGAUGUCAUACACAAUAUUCAGCAUAUGCACGAGCCGUGUGUUUUGCAAGAGCCGAUUCUGAAGAGCCUAGAUACAACGACUUCUGUUGAUUCUGCAAGGGAUGGCACUUUGAAUGGCUCUGUUGGGGGUUCUCUCAAUGGGAUCGUCCAGAAAUGGCGCGUUGUGGAAAACACUCUUGUGUUGUAUGAAGACGAAAACAUUCUUGUGGUCAACAAGCCUGCUGGGGUUCCAACACAUCCGAACGGAAUAUUCCGCCGCAACUCCUUGACGGAGAUAGUUCGUUUUGAGUUGGGCGUAUCCGUGUAUCCCUGCCACAGACUAGACAAAGGAACUCUGGGUGUGUUGGUGUUGGCAAAGACGAAAACAGGCAAGAUGUUGCAAGAAGUUCUCCAAAACAAGAAAAGCCACGUGGAAAAAUGGUAUGUGGCCCGGGUUCGGGGAAAGUUCCCCUUUGCAUCGUGUUCUUAUACCAGCCCCGUUUUCAGCAUCAAUACUGCUGGCACAGGAUACUUGAACAUACCCAAUGCGGAGAGAGUUCCGGCUACGUCGUCUACCCACUUCAAAAUGGUGCUGUAUUCUCCUGAAUUGGACGAAAGCAUAGUGUUCUGUCGGCCUAUUUCGGGAAAAAUGCACCAGAUUCGGGUCCAUCUUCGAAAUAUGGGCUACCCUAUCUCCAACGACCCUUUGUAUAAUGCCGAAAAUGGGCUUGGUCACGCCAAAAAUCAGUUGGAAAAGGAAUUAUAUGCGCAAGUCCUUGCCGAGUGGCCGUGUUUCGGAAUAGAUAAGACCAUACGACCACCGGAAACUGUGGACGUCACGCCUUUUUUACUAAACGUGAAGCUGCGUAUUGAAGAGUUGGCUAGUGUUCGCAGAUCCGACGACGCCAAAAAAAUUGUCUCUACAUGUUCCGAAUGCCUCAGGCCAAUUUAUCAGACUAAACCGGACCCUGGAAUAUAUCUACAUGCGUGGAAAAUGGCGUACGAGGGCGACGUGUCUUUCUCUUUCCAGACUCUGUAUCCCGUGUGGAUAUUUGGCGUUUAG